GCAGUGAUAGCUUUCUUGUCAACGAAAAUAGACCUGCUUUCAGCUAGAGGCAACGGGGUUGUAAGAAACAAGACUAAGAUAGGCCCGAAUCCUUUAAACUCAGAUAAAGGAAAACGGAAAAUCGGAUUCGGCCCUGUCCCUAUAACUAGGUCCAAGAGAGUAUGGCGGGUCAAAAUGAAAUCUGAGUUAUUUGAAGUGGGUUCUACGUUGGGUAUCGGCUUAGAGACAUCAGUAAUGGAAUGCCAUUUGCCUCAGGUAAUAUAGGAUAGACUGAUAGUCAGUAUUACACCCUUGGUCCCUGAAGAAACUAUGGCUCACUCGUCGGAGUUGAAGGAAAAUGGUGUAUUGCCGAGGUCUGAAGGAGAUGUCGGAUCCACUGAAGUUGCACAUAAAGGGUCACCAGAGGUGAAUGGACUUGCUGUCAUCCCAGAAUCUUCAAUGGGGACCCUAAUACCGUUGGAGAGAACCAAUGGAGUUGCUGAGGAGGCAAUGAGGAAAGCACUAGCAUAUCCUAAAUCUGACAAUUUGGAGUUAUCUUCUUAUCCCAUGGCACCCAUUGGUGUCAUCCAGUCAUGCUUCUCUACCAGGAAUGGAACACCCAGGCAGCCUUUACUUGUACCCCUUGCUAGAGCAUGUCUGGUAUUUGAUCCCACUCGGGUUCCUCCUGCAUCCCUCGAGGGUCUUGGAGAAUAUUCUCAUUGCUGGAUUAUAUAUGUGUUUCACUUAAACACAGAUCUGGAGAAGUUAUGGAAGGAACCAUCUAAAUCAAAGUUCAAGGCGAAGGUGAGAGUACCAAGAUUGAAAGGCAGAAGGAUGGGUGUCUUUGCUACACGAUCUCCACAUCGACCGUGCCCUAUUGGGCUCACCGUUGCAAAGGUGGAGGCUGUAGAAGAAAAUAUGGUACUUCUCUCUGGUGUGGAUCUGGUUGAUGGGACGCCUGUGGUUGAUGUCAAACCUUAUCUACCAUACUGUGAUGCAAUCGAAAGAGCAACAGUGCCGAAGUGGGUUACGGAGGACAGUUUGUUGGAAGUAGCUUCUGUUAGCUUCUCUGAGGGCUUCCCUUCCAUUCUUGCUGACUGUUGGGUUAGAAUGGGUAAGAAGUCACUCUAUGCUUCCCCGGAAGAGUUCCAAAGUUUAAUAAAGCAGGUGCUUUCAUGGGAUAUUCGGUCACCGUCUCAGAGAAAUCGACCUUAUGAUUCCCAUGUUGAGACAAGAAAUGGUAAAGCAUCCGUUUCCGAUUCAGACAGUUACCAAGAUGAAGAAGCUUCUACCCCCACGAGUGAUCAGGCGUCUCUUUCAUUUGGGGGAAUAAUUUAUCAUCUUAAUUUGGAAGGUCUAGAUGUCUCAUACAGAAUCAAUUGCGAUGGAGAUGUCAUUGUUGAAAAAGUCGCCAUUUCACCCGACAUCCCAAACAGCCAUCGAAACCGUUGCAAUUACUCGUCAUGGAUAGACAAAUCUAGGUGACUCAAGGCCUUCGAGAUUUGAUAUUGGUGUUUCAAAUUUUCAAUGCCUAGAAUUCUAGCAAGUUUGUACUCUAAACAUUUUUGUAAAACUGGUGACUUCCCUAGU